AUGGCCGCCCUUCGCACCACUCGCCUGUUGGCGUCUUCCCGCCCAUUGUUCACCUCCUCGGUCUUCGCACGCUCCUAUGCCACUGUCGAUCCCCUCUCCAAGGUCAGCGAAGCUACUUCCAGCAGCAGCAAAUUCGUGCCCGAGUCUCAAACCUCCACUGUCAAGGAACCUGCCCCUUCCGCCACGCCUCGUACCAAGACUUUCCAUGUCUACCGCUGGGAUCCCGAUACUCCCUCCGAGAAGCCUCGCAUGCAGAGCUAUACCCUUGACUUGAACAAGACCGGUCCUAUGAUGCUCGAUGCGUUGAUCCGUAUUAAGAAUGAGGUUGACCCGACAUUGACUUUCCGACGAAGCUGCCGUGAGGGUAUUUGCGGAAGUUGUGCUAUGAACAUUGACGGCGUCAACACUUUGGCUUGCUUGUGCCGUAUCCCUACCGAUACUACCAAGGAAUCUCGCAUUUAUCCUCUCCCACACACCUACGUCGUCAAGGACUUGGUUCCUGACCUGACCCAUUUCUACAAGCAAUACAAAUCGAUUAAGCCAUAUCUCCAAAGGGAUUCCAAGCCCGAGGAUGGUCUUGAGAACCGCCAAUCGAUCGAAGACCGCCGCAAGCUCGAUGGUCUCUACGAAUGUAUUCUUUGCGCCUGCUGCUCUACUUCAUGCCCCUCGUACUGGUGGAACAGCGAGGAAUACCUUGGACCUGCCAUUCUCCUCCAGUCAUACCGUUGGUUGGCCGAUUCCCGUGACCAGAAGACCGAGGAGCGCAAGGCAGCUUUGAACAACAGCAUGAGCGUGUACCGAUGCCACACCAUUCUCAACUGCUCACGGACAUGCCCCAAGGGUCUUAACCCUGGUAAGGCAAUUGCCGAGAUCAAGAAGAUGUUGGCGUUCUAG